AUGGCCCGUCUCAUCUACACGGGUGGACUUCUAACCACCAUAGCCAGCCUAGCCCUGGCAGUUCCCUCGACUGACGACUGGACGCAGCGAUCAAUCUAUCAAGUCCUGACCGACCGCUUCGCGCGCCCCAACAACGCACCGGAUACAUCGUGCGAUCCCACCAAAUACUGCGGGGGUACAUGGGCCGGUAUCAUCGACAAACUGGACUACAUUCAAGAUCUAGGGUUUACAGCGAUCCAGAUCUCUCCAGUCGUCGAGAACAUCCCCGAGACCACGUCGGCAGGGGAGGCAUGGCACGGCCACUGGCCGCAAGACCUGUACGCCUUGAACGCGCACUUUGGGACAUCCGAAGACCUGCGAGCGCUGGCGGAUGAGCUCCACCGACGGAACAUGUAUCUAAUGGUGGAAGUGGUGCUCAACAACAUGGCGCAAGCCGUCGACACCGAAACCACCACUACUUCCUCAGGGAUCGACUAUUCGCGACUGCACCCGUUUAACGAAGAGGGAUACUAUCAUCCCUACUGCAACGUCAGCGAGGCCGGCGACGCAACCACAAGUCAGAGCUGCUGGCUGUCCAGCGACCCCGUCGCGCUGCCCGAUCUGAAAACCGAAGACGCGCGCGUCUCGACGAUACUCCAGACUUGGGUCCAGGAACUCGUGAGCAACUACUCGAUCGACGGGCUCCGGGUCGCUGCAACAAAUCACAUGGAUCCCGAAUUCUUGAGUGACUUCACCCGCGCCGCCGGGGUUUUCACGCUGGGAGAGGUUGACUCGGUCGAUGCCACCACGAUGUGUCAGUACGACGAGGCGGUCUCAGGCCUGGUCAACUACGCGGUUUACAAGCCCAUCACGAUGGCCUUCGCGCCCGCCGGCGACAUGCCAGGGCUGGUGAAUAGCCUGCAGACGGUGAUCGAGAAGUGCGACAACUACACCCAUCUGGCGACGUUCGCCGAGAAUCACGAUGUCCCGCGGUUUGUCUCGGUCCAGAAUGAUACCGCACUCGCUCAAAACGCCCUAGCAUUCACCCUCCUCACCGACGGAAUCCCCAUGGUAUACCAAGGCCAAGAACACAACCAAGCAACCGCCAACUCCCCCCUCUGGUCCCUGCCAACCGACGAUUCCACAACAACGACGACCACAACCCUAACGAAGACCCUCAACCACCUGCGCAGCCACGCCCUCCUCAUCGACCAAGGCUACCCGACCAACCACAGCGAGACCCUCUACCUCGACGGAUCCACCUACAUCACCCGGAAGGGCACGGAGGGGAUGCAAAUCGUCUCGGCGUUCUCCAACCGCGGCAGCACCGCCGCCACCGGCGACUACCAGGUCAACGUGACGCGGAUGUAUCACCCGGGCACAGAGGUCAUGGAGAUGCUCGGGUGUGAGCGGCACGUCUCGGCGACGGGCGGCGUGAUCCCGGUGGAUUUCGUCGGCGGCGCGCCCAAGGUCUUCUAUCCGGUUAAGUAUCUGAACGGGUCGGGGCUGUGCGGGUUCUGA